AUGGCCGUACGAAAGUAUCUCCACCAGGACUUCAAGGCUUGGCACGCACGUCUACUGGCGAGGAGGGAUAUUGAGGCAGCGUUGGACAAGUUUACGAGGCAGUCCCGGAAAGCGUCGCACGGCCAGUGUGACAGAGUACAUGACAUCAUGGAGAGCAAGCUCGUUCACGACUUCGUCGGACCCGACGGUUCCCGCUUCUUGGACGGUCCAGACGAGGAGCUGCGCCUUGUCUGGGGCUUCGCUUUUGAUAGCUUCGAUCCUCAUCACAUGAAACCCGGUCGCCGAGGCAUCUCUUCAACCGCGAUCUACCUCAUUCUCAUGAAUUUGCCUCCAGAUCUCCGCUAUCGCGAAGAGAAUAUGUUCUUGGUUGGCAUGAUCCCA